CUGACAUAGAUGAAACAAAAUCUGCAUAACCAAUUAAAGAAAUUUAUCAUUAAAAACCUUUCCACCAUUGGGCACAGUGGUUUAUGCUUGUAAUCCCAGCACUUUGAGAGGCUGGAGGAUCCCUUGAGGCUAAGAGUUCAAGACCAGCCUGGGCAAUACAAUGAAACCCUCUCUCUAUUAAAAAGAAAGUAACUGGAUGUGGUAGUCUGAGCCGGUAGUCCUAGCUUCUUAGGAGACUGAGGGAGGAAUUUGAGGUUGCAGUGAGCUGCGAUGAGGGAUACAAUCCAAUAGUGUAGGUGAGACUGAUGAUACCAGAGACCGAGGCAAUAACUGAUGAAGCAAUGCCCUGGAGAAUGCUAGCCCUGGGAUCUAAAGUACAGUGGAGGGAUUUGCUCAUUGACAGGAAGAACAUUGUCCAGUGUUGGCCAAAAGUGGAAAGAGAUAAGAUGGGUGCACAUAUUGGUAGUUUUGUAGAUUUAGUCGUGGCAUGAUGGAGUUCCUAUCGAAGUUUCUACUUUCUCAACGAAUUUUCCAGAAAAAAAAGGAGAGGCCGUUUCCCAGGGAAUGCAAAAUUCUGAAGGCUAACAAGGGACGCCAGGUUUUGGACAACUGCAAAUGGUCCUCUUCAAACUAAGAGCGUGAGUCGAACACAGGCUGGAGUGUCAAGGGAGAAGGCAGGAGUCUGGGCCAGGUGUGAAGACUUUUCCGAGCCCCGGGCGCUGGAGCUAAGGGGGCUGCCCCGCGCCUCAGCAGGGCAAGCGAGGCGCUCCAGUAGCAACGCGCCGACAGCGGGAAGGGCGGUCUCGCGCAGGACCAUUGGGACCAGGUAGGCCGGCGCAUGCGCACAGCGCGGCGCCGACUGGCGCUCCUUCUCCCGGUUUGCGGUGUCUCUCCUGGUUCUUGACUUGGGGACGGUUUGCGGUCCCGGCGCCCGGGAUGGAGCAGCUGGACGAACUGGAGCUGCUGAUGGAGAAGAGUCUCGGGGAGGAGGCUGCGCUGCCGGCAGAGCUAUUUCAGAAGAAAGUGGUAUCUUCUUUUCCUAAGACAGUUCUGACGGGAGGAAUGGAUAACCGGUACCUGGUGUUAGCAGUCAAUAUUGUGCAAGAUGAAGAGGGAAACCAUGAAAAGCACCUAAUCAUCACUGCUCACCAGUCACUACAAUGUAAAGAUCGGUGCAUCCUUAGGAAUGACUGGUGCUCUGUACCAGUAGAGCCAGGGGAUAUCAUUCAUUUGGAGGGAGACUGCACAGCUGGUACUUGGAUAAUAGAUAAACAUUUUGGAUAUUUGAUUCUAUAUCCAGACAUGCUGAUUUCUGGCACAAGCAUAGCCAGUAGUAUUCGUUGUAUGAGAAGAGCUGUCCUUAGUGAAACGUUCAGGAGCUCUGAUCCAGCCACACAUCAGAUGCUAAUUGGUACGGUUCUUCAUGAGGUAUUUCAAAAAGCAAUAAGUGAUAGCUUUGCCCCAGAAAAGCUACAAGAGCUUGCUUUUCAAACUAUUCAAGAAAUAAAGCAUUUGAAGGAAAUGUACCGCUUAAAUCUGAGUCAAGAUGAAAUCAAACAAGAAGUAGAGGAGUAUCUUCCUUCAUUUUCUAAAUGGGCUGGAGAUUUCAUGCAUAAGAAUACUUCAUCUGACUUCCCUCAGAUGCAGCUGUCUUUGCCAAGUAAUGGUGGUAAGAAUAACUCAACGUGUAACAUCGAAGUAGUAAACUCAGUGGAUAUUGAAGAAAGCAUUUGGUCCCCUAGGUUUGGAUUGAAAGGCAAAAUAGAUGUUACAGUUGGUGUGAAAAUACAUCGAGGGUGUAAAACAAAAUACAAGAUAAUGCCAUUGGAACUUAAAACUGGGAAAGAAUCAAAUUCUAUUGAACACCGUAGUCAGGUUGUUCUGUACACUCUGCUAAGUCAAGAGAGAAGAGCUGAUCCAGAGGCUGGCUGGCUUCUCUACCUCAAGACUGGUCAGAUGUACCCUGUGCCUGCCAACCAUCUAGACAAAAGAGAAUUAUUAAAGCUAAGAAACCAGAUGGCAUUCUUUUUGUUUCACCGUAUUAGCAAAUCUGCUUCUGGACAGAAAACACAGCUUGCUUCUUUGCCACAAAUAAUUGAGGAAGAGAAAACGUGUAAAUAUUGUUCACAAAGGGGCAACUGUGCCCUUUAUAGCAGAGCAGUUGAACAACAUGCGGAUGACAGUUCAGUCCCAAUUGUCAUGCUGCCCAAAAUAGAAGAAGAAAUCCAGCAUCUGAAGCUUACACACUUAGAGUAUUUCAGGCUUUGGUGUCUAAUGUUAACUCUGGAGUCACAGUCAAAGGAUAACAGAAAAAAUCACCAAAAUAUCUGGUUAAUGCCUGCUUCAAAAAUGGAGGAGAAUGGCAACUGCAUUGGAAACCUGAUUAGAACAAAACAUGUAAAGACAGUUGGUGAUGGACAGUAUUUACAUAAUUUCCUACGUAAAAAUGGUACCAUACCUGUCACAAAUCUAAUGGCAGGUGACAGAAUUAUUUUAAGUGGAGAAGAGAGAACACUGUUUGCUUUGUCCCGGGGAUAUGUGAAGGAGAUUAACAUGACAACAGUAACCUGUUUAUUAGACAGGAACUUGUCGAUACUCCCAGAAUCAACUUUACUCAGAUUAGACCAGGAAGAGAAAAAUUGUGAUAUAGAUACACCAUUAGGAAAUCUUUCUAAAUUAAUGGAAAACACAGAUGUCAGCAAAAAACUUCGAGAUUUAAUCAUUGACUUUCGUGAACCUCAGUUUAUAUUCUACCUCAGUUCUGUUCUUCCACAUGAUGCAAAGGAUACAGUUGCCUGCAUUCUAAAGGGUUUGAAUAAGCCUCAGAGGCAAGCAAUGAAAAAGGUACUUCUUUCAAAAGAUUACACACUCAUCGUGGGUAUGCCUGGGACAGGAAAAACAACUACAAUAUGUACUCUCGUAAGAAUCCUCUAUGCCUGUGGUUUCAGUGUUUUGUUGACGAGCUAUACACACUCUGCUGUUGACAAUAUUCUUUUGAAGUUAGCUAAGUUUAAAAUAGGAUUUUUGCGUUUGGGUCAGACUCAGAAGGUUCAUCCAGAUAUCCAGAAAUUUACGGAGGAGGAAAUUUGCAGAUCAAAGUCCAUUAAAUCCUUAGCUCUUCUAGAAGAACUCUAUGAUAGUCAACUUAUAGUUGCAACAACAUGUAUGGGAAUAAACCAUCCAAUAUUUUCCCGUAAAACUUUCGAUUUUUGUAUUGUGGAUGAAGCCUCUCAAAUUAGCCAACCCAUCUGCCUGGGGCCACUUUUUUUUUCACGGAGAUUCGUGUUGGUGGGGGACCAUCAGCAGCUUCCUCCUCUGGUGCUAAACAGAGAAGCAAGAGCUCUUGGCAUGAGUGAAAGCUUAUUCAAGAGGCUGGAGCAGAAUAAGAAUGCUGUUGUACAAUUAACUGUACAGUACAGAAUGAACAGUAAAAUUAUGUCCUUAAGUAAUAAGCUGACCUAUGAGGGAAAGCUGGAAUGUGGAUCAGAGAAAGUGGCCAAUGCAGUGAUACACCUACCUAACUUUAAAGAUGUUAAGCUGGAACUGGAAUUUUAUGCAGAUUAUUCUCAUAAUCCUUGGCUGAUUGGAGUAUUUGAGCCAAACAAUCCUGUUUGUUUUCUUAAUACUGAAAAGCUUCCAGCACCAGAACAAGUUGAAAAAGGAGGUGUGAGCAAUAUAACAGAAGCCAAACUAAUAGUUUUCCUGACCUCAAUUUUUAUUAAGGCUGGAUCUAAUCCCUCUGAUAUUGGCAUCAUUGCACCAUACAGGCAGCAAUUAAAGAUCAUCAAUGAUUUAUUGGCACAUUCUUCAAUUGGGAUGGUCGAAGUUAAUACAGUAGACAAAUAUCAAGGAAGAGACAAAAGUAUUAUUCUAGUGUCUUUUGUUAGAAGUAAUAAGGAUGGAACUCUUGGUGAACUCUUGAAGGAUUGGCGACGUCUUAAUGUUGCUAUAACCAGAGCCAAACAUAAACUGAUUCUCCUGGGGUGCGUGCCCUCACUAAACUGCUAUCCUCCUUUGGAGAAGCUUUUUAAUCAUUUAAACAGAGAAAAAUUAAUCAUUGAUCUUCCAUCAAGAGAACAUGAAAGUUUUUGUUACAUAUUGGGUGAUUUUCCAAGAGGAUAAAACACUGUUUUCCUUGCCUUUUCAUACAAGGGCAGUAUCUCCUCUAGCUAGUGCCUGUGGUUUGUAUUUUGUUUGCUAUAAAAGUAGUGCCUGGUUAGACUGUGAAGAAAACUUUUAUCUAAAGGGUACAAAAUGAAGUAAAUGUAUUCUAUUCAGAGUUUGCUUUUUGUUAAUUUUUUUGUUAUAAUCUUGUUAAUAUUGUUAAAUAUAAAAUUCUGUCAACAUAUAAAAUUUAACAGAGUAUUUUUUUAAGUACAAGUGUACCCAAAACUGUGAAAAGUCUAAAUUUAUAGGUGUUAUACUACAUGUAUUUUUGUAUGACCCAGAAAAAUAGUUUGAUAAAUUUUUUACUGGCUUUAAAGAUAGAUUAACUUUUGGGUCUCAGCUUUUAAACUCUUAAGUCUAAAUUUCAGUACUAAUUUCAUUUUUUAGAUGUUAUAAUAACUUUAUUUGAAAGACUGGAUAAAGAGAGUUGUUUUGUUUUCAUCAUUUAAGCAUAGUCUUGUGAUGAUGAGAACAUAGGUAUGAUUCUUUUCUGUAUUUCAAGGUCCCUAAUCCACAGACCAUUUUGCUGGGUUUUUUUUCUGACUUUGCUUUUUGAUAUUAGAUGUGUUUUCACUUUAAACUUAGCCUUUUAAAUUAUGACAUGAAUUGAUUACUUGCAGUUAAUUUCCUAUUUUCCCUUAUCACCCUCUUUUAAGUAUUCAGUAUUUCAGUAUUCUAGAGUAGAUUUUGAUAUGAAAGAAAAUAACUCUUCCUUUGAGAAGAAAUUUUGUUUUCUGAAUUGACAAGUUAAAAAGGCAUGUCCCUAUUUUCACUUACAUUUAUAUUCUCCUAUGUUUGGGGACAUUACUCAGUUUUCCCUUUUCGUGUAAAGAUGUUUUGUAAAACAAAAUUGCCCUGGUGAUUAUUUUUGUGGUGACAGACUUUAACCUCAGUGUAUCCAUCUUUGGGCUGGGUUGUAUCUUCCAUUUCUCUGGAGGACUUUUUUUUUUUAAUGGAUGUUAAAUAUGCUAAAAGUUUUUGCUUCUACCUCAUGUUUUUUUAAAACAAUUAUUAAAAUUUUUAUUUAAUAAAUUGUUUUCUACUGAUGGAUCUUAUGGUGUCAUUUAUUAAGUUCAGGGUUGUCUAGCAUUUUCUCUAGUGGUGAUAAGUGAAAUAUUGAUCAUUUUCUAGAGCUGAAACCAAUGACUGGUGGGUGAUAGGAGGACAAACGGGAUGGUCUUGAUCAUGGAGAGAUUAUAGAUCAGACAAGAAAAACUGGAAAGGCUGCUGUCAUAGGAUUUAAAUAUUGGUUAGAUAUCAUGAAGUUAUAAGUCAGGAAGGAAUCUAAGAUAGCAAUUUCAGUUCCUGGGAAUGAAAUGAAUAAGAAAGUUCUUUUGGUUUAGUCAGUGGUUGCUUCAUUCCAGGUUUGUAUGGCCAGAAAAGUAAAACUCCAUAGAAGAGCCUGGGGAGGAGUUCCAUGUUUCCUGUCAUUUUUGGUUCUGUCUUGGUCACAAGAUUCUAGCCAUCUAAUUAUUUUUAAAAGUUAGGAUAUAUCUUCUGUGUAUUAUAUAAGGUGCUGUGAGUUGGAGGCUUGGGAUGAGUUGGAGGUUAAACCCACAUCAGGCCUUCAAGGAGCUAAUAGUGAAGCACAAAUAGGAGAUCCAUGUUAAGGACUAAGAACAACAGUGGCUUCCAGUUACUAACAUAAUUGGAAACAGUUCCAAUUGUGCAGUUCCAGAUCAAAAGUACCAUUAGCCUUGAUAAGGCUUUCCUUAUAGAAGUGUAAAGCCAGGAUGUAGCCAUUCCAGUGGUCCCAUACCUGAAUCAGUUCAGAGUGCCUAGCUUCUGACCUCUCCCUUAUGCUGCUGCUUCUGAUUCCUUUCAUUUCUCCUCAUACCUAAGUCCCCAAAGGUAGCUUUUCCCCAGAGUUCUAAGUCCGGUUUGGUCCUCUUCUUGGACAGUCUCUGGCUUCCACCAUCACCUACAUAGCUAUUUCUCAAACCUGUACUCCACCUUGUCUGUCUUCCAGGUUCCACUUCUAUAACUGCUUUCUAGCUCAUGCUUUCAGGAUAUUCUGUGAGCACAUCAGACUCUCAGUACAAAGAAAUUAAUCUAGAGCAUUCCUCCUCUGAUUGCUUUUUUUUGUUGUAAAUGACACCAUCUCCUCCUCUGAGCUUAAGUCUUGGAAUGUCUUUUCUUUAAAGCACAUUUUUUCCUUCUGUUUACAGAGCAGUACAUGAUUUUAGUAAGAAUUUCAAACAC